CCCAAGAUCUGGUGAUGAACAGCGAGAGCUGAUAGAGCAGCCCCGUCAGCCACUUGGCCACCCGCAUGGUUCCACCCGGGGGAUCCCAACCGGGGAGGCCAACCCGAGCCGCCGGCCGCCCAACCCGGCUUCCCCGCGCUCCGCAACCUCUCCUCCCGCUCGCCCGCCGCGCUCUGCGCCGGCCGCCGCGGCGCCUUCAGCAGCCUCCGGAGCAGCAGUCCCGGCCCCGGGCCGGACCGUCUCGCCACACCGCCAGCCUCCGCUCCCUGAGCCGCUGCUUCAUCGCACUGCAGCCCCACAGCUCCCGGCUCGCUCUCGGCAGCCUCGCUCCGCUUCCUGCGCCCGCGCUGCCCCCAGACGCCUUCUCCCGAGGUCCAGAUCCACGCGAGGAAGCGACCCAACCUAGCAGGAAUGGUGCCAAUAUAGCCACCCCGGGCCGGGCGACCGCGGGGGAGAGCCCGCCUCCAGGGGCAGCGCGGGGCCAAUCAGCAGGAGGCGCGGCCCGUGCUCAGCCUCCCGCGUGCAGCCCGCCCCCAACUCCCAGCCGCGGCCGGAGUGCGGUGCCCCGGGGCUCCAGCGCGGGGCGAGCUACGUGGUGUGGACCCGAGGGCCCGCUAGACUUCAUCCCGAGACCGGUAACGCCCAACACCGACGCAAGCUGUGCGGCCGGGGUCCAGAUCGGUGGUUCUAUAUUGCUUCUCGUUGUAACCAGUAUGCAAAAAAAGAGGAAGAAGUCAUCAGAUUGUCUUGAAAUCCAACCAAGGGGGAGAAAGAAUGGAGGAGAAAAAGUGAAGGCGUAUAUGGGUUCAUCUUCCCAAACACAAAGGAAUGUCCUCUCCGUUUAGUUCCUGGCCUCCCUUCCUCCUCUGAGCUCUCAACAAUAAAAAUUCUGUUGACUUUGAAUUGAC